UAAACGGAAAAACCCAACAACAACAACAACAAAACAAUCGUGCCCAUCUGCGGCGUGAACCCAAAAUCUUUAAAAAAUGGCUCUUACGAGUGUCGUAAAAUCCGGAUUUUUUCGAGUAAACACUCUUCUUUUCAAUAAUUUGAGAACAUUCAGUGUAACACCUGUUAGCCAUCUUAAGGAAAUCAAGGAAGCCACCCAGAAGGAUGCGCUGGUCAUCAGUGCGGAAUACGUCGCCUCGCCGCGAGCCAAUCAGCUGCUGCAGCAGGUGGCGGAAACCAAGUGCGGCAGCGGGCAGCAGUUCUGUCCCCAGUGCACCCUGGGGCUGGACAUCAAGCACACGGAUGUGCUGAUCCUAAGCCAGUAUCUGCGAAGCGACGGAUGCAUUCUGCCACGCCGGAUAACCGGGUUAUGUAAGCGCCAGCAGCGACGAAUUAGUUCGCUGGUGAUCAUGGCGCAGAAGGCAGGUCUGAUGCCGAAUAUUGGUCCGUCGUGGAGUAAGAAAGAUCCCAAGAAGCGCUACCAGUGGAAGAAGUAUAACAAAUAUUUCGAUGAAAAUACUAUUAAAUGUUAGAAAGCUGGUUGUUGGAAUAAAAUAGUAUUUUGAGUUGGAAA